GGUUCUUCUCGUUCGCUCACGUGGCAAUCCUUGCCAACGAGACGAGGGAGUGAGAGUUCGUACCCAAUGACGAACGACGAAACACAUAGCCUCCUGCUGUGAGGCCUACACGGAAGGCGCCGCCAACGGCAAGCAGCUUAAACAUCCACCGGUUCCAUUUCUCGCACCUUCCAAAUCAUUCUUUUUUAGCACUUUCCUUCAACACGGAUUCCUCAAUCGUGACGCCACCAGUUGACCAUAUUAUAGUCACAACCAAACCCAACACCGGUUUUAGCAAACACCUUUUUUAAUACCAAGACACCUAGUGUCGAUACGCCCUACCCUCGAUCUGACUCCUUCCACUCCAACGAAAAAAUGGACAAGGCCGGAAAGAAACUCGGCGAGGCUGUAGCGAAAGUCGCCGAGACCCAGCCGGGAGCGGCCGCCGUCAUGAAGGGAGCGAUCGACAUGGCCAAACGCGGUGCCCAGCAUGCGACGAAAUAUGCCGCGGCCCAUCCCUACGCAGCCGGCGCUGUCGCGACCGGUACUGUCAUCGCUUGCGCCCCCGUUGUAGUGACGGCGCCUGGCUUGGCUCUUGCUGGAUUUGGUGCGGGUGGUAUUGGUGCGCAUACCGCUGCCGCAACCGUUCACGGCUGGAUCGGGAACGUGGUCGGCGGAAGUGUGUUCGCCACUCUACAAAGCGCCGGCGCUGCUGGGGCCGGUGCUGCUGCUGUUAAUGGGGCUGCCUCGAUGGGCGGCGCUGCUGUGGCGGGUGUUACCGCUAGUGUUGCCGCUGGUGGACGGCUCUGGUCUUUUGUAAAGGGCAGACUUUGACGGCAAGGAGAACGAGGGCCAUAUGAGCGGCGUGAGGAUAUCUAGUUACAUUUGAAGUUGGCCGCCAUCGUGGUUGGUUUCUUCGUCGACUAAAUCCGAUCGAGUCCGAGGUUUGGAGACUUGGAGUGCGAUCUAUGGAGCCUGCCAUUGUAUAUUAUGCUCUGAUCCGGAAAGUUUUGUUUGGCUCAAAGGACGUGUCGGGUACUUUUUGAGAGGUAGUUUAAUAAGCGCUAAUUAACUCAU